AUGGUUUCUUGGAGAGUCGUCGCAUCCCUUGAGGAACAUGGUGGGGAGACCGCUGCCUCCGUUGCAACGUUGGUUGCGCAGGUCAACCACGGCACUGAUGCCCAUUCUAUCGAUGGACCGAUUACGUUGCAGCAAUUCGGAGACUCUCCGCUCUUUCGUGUUGUCAUUCAUAGAGUCAAUUCCAAUCGCAAUGCCGCUUCAUUUGUUCUCCCUCCGGAUGCAUCCUGGACUGUCACUCAAGUGAAAAAGAUCAAGACGAGGAAGUCUGGCCGCAAAGCCAUCCGAUUUGAAUUCAAUCUUCAAGCAGACGGUCCCGAGGGCUUUGAUAGCCUUGUGAUUACGUUGCCAUGGGAUGGUGCCUCGGGAUCAGCAAUGACGUUCCAUCAGGCAUCUGUCUACGCCUCACAAGUUGUCAUUGAUUGGAUUGCCGAAGAGGCAGCUGGCAGGUCGGUUGAGUGUUCCUUUGAGCGCUCUUUUGAGCGCUUGAUGGAAGGAUCUUUUGUGGGCAAGCUGGAAGGAUAUGAUGGCUUUGUUAGUGAUGAUUCAAGCAUUGUCACUCCUUAG